CUAAAUAUUGUUACAACUAAAUAUUACAAUAUAUAAAUAAAAACAUACAAAUAUGUCUAAUCUUAUUAAUUAGUAUCGCUGACAUCGCUGUAGUAUAUGGUGUAGAUUGCAUUGCACGUGUAUCACUUGAAAGAGAGGUUAGAAAUCUCAUGUAUGUACAGCAUAAACACAAAUAUUUCAGAUCAAUUAUAUAUCCAAAAUAUACUUUUAAAUAAAUUUCUCGUAUGUUUAUUUUUGUAUUUGUUUGUUGAGUAUAAAGUAACGAUACAAAUUUCCUAAAAAUUACUUCAAAUACGAACUAUUAAUCGACAUUCAGUGAGAUAAACGGAAAGAUUGGAUUAUACACGUGUUAUCCACGUGGUGCCUAGCUGAUCAAAGACGUCAAAGAGAGAGAUCGAAAUAUACCCAAUUCAUAUAUUUUUCAGUGAAAAUUGCCUUGAAAAAAAAUAGAUUCCAAAAAUCACACUUUCUGCAUGUGAACAAUGGAUCAAUACUUCAAAAGCUAUGAAGAACUCGACAUCCACCAAUUAAUGCUAAGCGAUAAAACACGUGUCUUAGCAUACAAAACUGCUAUUUUUAAUUCGAGAGAGAAGUUUCAGGGCAAAAUAGUAAUGGACGUUGGUGCUGGCUCAGGAAUAUUAUCAAUUUUUUGUGCCCAGGUUGGUGCAAAAAAAGUUUACGCGGUGGAAGCAAGUAUGUUAGCGAAGAGUAUCGAACAAGUGUCAAUUGAAAAUAACAUGCAGGACAAAGUUGAAGCAAUUCACAGUAAAGUGGAGGACAUUCGUCCAGACAGUUUGGAGAAGGUGGAUGUAAUUGUUUCAGAAUGGAUGGGUUUUCAUUUGGUACACGAAGGAAUGUUAGAUUCGGUGCUUUUUGCUAGGGAUAAUUUCUUACACGAGGACGGUUUGUUGUUCCCAUCCGUUGCAAAAUUAUACGCCUCGCCGUGCCAAUUACCCUCCAUGUAUGAGUUUUGGAAUAACGUGUGCGGAGUCAGUAUGAGUUGCAUUGGAAAAGAGUACAGAAAAAUGAAAUCCUUGAAGCCGGAAAUCCUGCUUCUAAAUCAAGAUGAUCUUUUGGCGGAAGGCAAAUUGCUCGCUUGGCUAGAUUUGAAGUGCGUCUCCGUGGAAGAGAUAGAUCUGCUGGGUGGAGAGGAUUAUGUGUCGGUGUGCGAAAAGGAUGGGAGAUUCCAAGGGAUGUGCAUCUGGUUUGCGGUCGAAUUUCCAGACGGGUCGGAACUGUCCACGGGACCUCGCGACGAGGCGACGCAUUGGAAGCAUACCGCGGUUGUUCUGCCCGAGGACAUGGAAGUGACGAGGAACGAACCUAUCGCCUUCAAAUUGGAAUUCAAAAGAAACGAAUCGCAUCCAAGGCGUUACAAUAUGGAACUGAGUUUGUUGGAUGUAGAGGAAGUGGAGCACGAUGUUCCAUGCAAUUGUCACAUGACGAAAUGUAUAGUGACGAAAAAGUACAUCGAUGACUUGGACGAGCGUGAAUCAUGCGCGGCAGAAAAUAAUGACUUGUAG